GGUGAAGAGCAUGACAAAUGGACAAUGCAUUUUGAUUCUUUCAAGAAUCAUAUGAAUUCAUUUGCACAAUAUCCUUUAAAUACAACAUAUCAAAAGACUCCUGAGCCUAUACAGCUCUCCCAGGACCAUACAGCUUGUACAACUUCACCUUUGUCUUGUCUCACGCCGACAGAGAUAGAGAUUCCAGGAAAAACAGUUGGAAACUAUAUUUCAGAGCCAAAUCAAAAAGCCAGUUACCUUCGUUCAAUGACUGCUCUUCUGGAUCCUGUUCAAAUUGAGGAACGAGGGAGACGACGACAAAAACAAUUAGAGCAUCAGGUAAUCACUAUAAUGUUGCCUUUCUGGUUUAUUGAUUUAUGUUUUUCCACAAGUGGAGAAAAACAAGAAGAAGAGCGCCGGCUUGCCAGAGAACAGGAAUUGAUGAAGAAACAGUUUGAAGAUGAUCUGCUAAAGCAGAAACAAAAAGAGGAAAUCAUGGCCCUUAAAACAAAUGAGUUGUAUCAAACAAUGCAAAAAGCUCAAGAAUUAGCUCAAAGAUUAAAGCAAGAGCAGCGAAUUAAAGAUUUGGCUCAGAAAGGACAUGACACUUCAAAACUGCAGAAGAAUCUUGGUGGUGGUGAUAUUACAAAGGAGAAUAAUUACAUUGACUUGAAUAGGGUUUUAGAGACUCCUAAUCAUCAGAACAUCAUCUGUUUUGCAGAGACUAAUAAUGAAACAAAUGACAGAAAGAAAACUAACUUCUCUCCUCAGAAAGACACAGCUGUGCAGACAGAGUUUGCAAUCACUGAUUUUCCCACUGAUUCUGAAAUUUCCCCUACACCAGCUGGGGAAGGAAGAAUGGACUGCGCAUCUCCAGAUGUUGCUGUAGAAUAUAUAAUGGACUUCAGCAAUAAAAGAAGCAAGAAAGAAGCACAAUAUCUAGAUAAAAAGAUUUCAGAAAAAGAGAAUAUUAUCAGCAGUUGCAAUCCCUAUGAACAGUAUUCCCCAAAGCAGAAACAUCCCAAGGCAGUGGGAAAAAAUGAGAAAAAGGUGGACUGGAACAUAAACAAACCUUGCAAAAGAUAUAUUCCGGCCUCUGAGAAAUAUCCCAGACUCCAGCAAAAGCAGCGUGAAGAAAAGAAAGCACAGCGACAAAUGGCGCUGCUUCAGUUGGUUGAAAGAAACAACCCUGGUAAUCUUUGCAAGAAAAAAGGUGUUUCUCCAGAUAGAGCCCUCUCACCUCACAAGGAAGAUGAGGUCAAAAAUAAGGAAGAACAAUUCUCAAAAAAAUUAUUUGAACAAAGAUCUGACUCCCCACCUGUUCCAGCAGUUAAAAACAAAUUACAGCAACUAAAGACUUCUGAUUUCCCAGUUCUUAACAGCAAAAAUGGAAGCCCAAAGAGUAUUUCUACAGAUCAGCAUGGGAAUGAAAGGCCUCUUCCAAAUACGGAAGCUGAAAGACCUCCUUCAUCUCAUUUUGUUCCUUAUGUGCGAACAAAUGAAGUAUAUUACCUUGAUCCAGAUGCACCCUUGACUAGGCCCUCCACGCAUGAGCCACAAUACCAAGAGCUGGACGAUACUUACCAUAAACCACGGCAGGUUUUUAGCUCUGAUCACAUAAGGGAUCCUCUUUUUAAUCCUAAUAUGGUGAGAGACAGGCAGCAAGCCAUACUCAAAG